UUUAUAGCAAUUCUAGCAUUGCUUUCGCUGAUUGCCUGCUAUUCAAUGCAAUCAUUGGCAUUUCCGGAAGAGUCUCGCGAAGUAUGCGUACCAAAGGAAAGGGCUAACAAAGGACUGGAACUUAGCUGUGAUUCAAACGAUAAUAAAUUGAUUGCCAUUUACGAGGCAUUUCUGACCACUUCGUGGUCGCACCGAUGCCCGGACUCACCGUCGUUUCCGAUAUCGGCGGCCGCGGCGUCGGCAGCGGCAGCGGUGGUCAUAAAUACAAGUGAUAAUAAUAAUAAUGUGGAGGAGGAGGAGGACGAGGACGACGCCAAUAAGUAUGCCUUUCCCCGUAUGCCGACCGCCUGUACCGAUGAUCUGAGACUAUCAUUGAAUCGCAAAUGUUCGGGUGUUUCCAACUGUACUUUUAGUCUAUUGAAAGAUCAUAACAGCCAGAAAUGUAUGGGAGAGGACUCAUCAGUAAUCAUCAAAUAUACCUGUAUUUCCGCUGAUAGAUAUCAUCCGUAUUGUAACCAAAAUUUUACCGCAAAUUAUGGCUAUAUUGCAAAUCCCGGUUACCCUAAAUACUACCCGCCCUACGAAAAUUGUGCAUGGACGAUUACCGGCGGUGAAGGACAGGUAGUUCAAGUCGAUAUACUAGAUGUGGCCAUCAAAGAGCCGGAUCCUAGACCCCAGAGCUCCUCAUCAAUGAGCGGCAAUGGCUAUAGUGGUGGUAGUAGUAGUAGUAGUAGUAGUAGUCAACGAAAAAAAGUCAACUACAAGUGCUCGGAUCAGUUGGUUUUAAUGGAAGCCCAGACACAAAUGUUGAGCCUAUGCGGUGAAGUCAAAACCAAUUUAGUCCAAUACAGGACUAAAUCAAAUAAACUAACCAUUAGUUUCAAUUCGUAUGGUUUUUCACCGACUCGUGGACUACUAUUGAGAUAUUCAUUACAAAACUGUCCGACACUGCCGGCCCCGCGAAACGGUCAUCUGAUUACCCGAAACGGUAGUUUUGCAUACUAUAGCUGCUGUUUGGACUAUGUUUUUGAAGAUACUAAACAAUCGGAUCGGAUAUUAUACUGCGAAUAUGGUAACCAUUGGAACUCUAGUCUAUCUCAAUGUAUUUCCACUAAAGAGCUAUCGAUGAGUUCAUCGCUCACAUUGUCCAACGAUUCAAACAACCCGCCCAUCACUGGCCCAUUAGAUAGGGAUUCAGAUGAUUAUUAUGGCAGCUAUUAUUCUGAUAUAUUAAUACCGAUACUAUUGAUGAUAGCACUGUUGGCCGGAAAUGCAGUCAUCAUUUGGGUAUUGUUUCGAUUGAAACGUAAACAAAAAUCUAAUGGAAAGUCCAUCGAAGCUAACGUUCCGCUGACUACCGGUUCAGCUAAACACCAGCACCAGACAAAUGUUUAGUCAAAAAAAUUAAUAAAUUAAUUAAUAUUAUAGUAAUAUGUUAUACAACAACACAAACAAACAAACAUAUUAUAUAAUACAAUAGUUAUCUAAAUA